AUGGAGCUUCUCGAUCCCGCAACGGGCACCGCCCUUCCAAACGACGCCAUUCAGCGCAUUCUCUUCGUUGCCAAUGCCGUUCACGUCUACAACAUUCCUCCCCUGACCUCAACAAAGGGAUACUCCGCUAGCACAUGGACUGCCGAACCCCAGCGUCAUAUCUUUACUGCCCGUCUACGCGUUGUCGAGACCGCCUACGAAUCUGCCUCAUCUACCAACCAGCUCAAAGUCGAUGCCGUGCUAGAGGACGCAUCAACAGGUCAGCUUUUUGCUGCGGCACCAUACACCGCUCCCGGAGUCGUAGAGCCAGUUCUUGAUAGCAGUCGCUUCUUCGCUCUGACGGUGCGCGAUCCUCAGGGACGAAAGGCCAUUCUGGGUAUUGGGUUUGAAGAGAGGAGCGAGGCUUUUGAUCUUAGCAUUGCCCUACAGGAGGCAAGGAAGGCAUUGGGUUGGGAGGGUGAACAGAGCAAGCCGGCUGCGACGAAAGAACAGGAGGAACACAAAGAUUAUAGUCUCAAAGAGGGCGAAACUAUCACAGUGAGCUUUGGUGGAUCAAAGUUUGGAAGGAGGAAACAGCAGGAUAGUUCGAACUCAGGAAGUUCGGGAGCAGGAGAUCUUCAGUCUUUCGCACUCCCGCCACCACCUGCUGGGCCAAGCUCUUCUAGCGGAUUCUCAUUACCACCUCCACCGAGUGCCAACGACGUAAAGCAGCAGAAGCAAUCAGCUAAGGAUCUUGGAUUCGACGAUGGUCAGUUUGGAGAGUUUGCUUAA